AUUCAAUAACCGAAUUCGAAGUGGAAGUUUGCUUCUUGCCAGUGAACGAUGAAGAGUGUGAUAUUGUGCCCGGUGAUAUAUUUAAGUGCCCUGUAUUUUGCCGGUGUGCAAGGUGUUCCAGUGAGAUUUACUGAUCCGGAUGACGAUUUGGAUGAAACUAUCCUUCGUGGUGCAGUAAAUAUCGGCCGGGAGAUUAGUGGAAUCUUUUUCGGUGCGAGACCUUCACGUCGUAGGCCUCCAAGCACCACAACGACUACGACCAAGCGUCCUGAAAAUAAUGGUCCAAUUUAUUUUCCAGGUGGAAAUGAUGGCUUUUCGGUGUCUGCAGCCGGAGCUGGAGCCCAGACAGUUCAGCAUGGUCAGCAUGGUCAGACGGGCGCAAGCGGAGCGGCGGCUAACGCUCAAUCUGUCACCGUGACGGGCCACCAAUCGGGCUUUGGAGGGUCUGCUGCGGGCGCUAAUGCUAAUUCAUUGACGACUGGCAGUCAUAAUGGGUUUCAUGGAGGCGCGUCUGGAGCUGCUGCUAAUUCGCAAAGUUUCAAUGGUGGAUUCCCAGGCGCCAGUGUAUCGGCUUCCGGCGCCAGUGCUAAUUCCAUGAACUCUGCUAAUGGAGUGGGCACCGCUUCAGCAGCUAAUGCUCAGUCAGCAAGCUUUAACUCAAGAUACCCAGGCUUCAGUUUCACGGGUUCAAGCUCCAGUGCCAACUCUGCAAGUCAUGGGUUUGGAUCCGGCUCGGGCGUAGGGCUUGGAAGCAACAACGGAUAUAUCGGAGGAUCCGCAGCUGCUGCUAAUGCGCAAACGGCCAACAUAAAUACAGGAGGGUUUGGAGUAUCAGCAUCCAAUGCUAAUGCAAAUUCCAUAAGCCAGCAAAUUGGAGGAUUUGGUUCAUCCAGUUCGAAUGCGAAUGCCAACAGUUUUACACAAGGGCUUGGGCCGAAUGGUUUCGGUAGUAGUGCGGCCAAUGCUCAGUCUAAUACAUUUCAAAGCGGUGGUCCAUUGGGAUCCUUUGGGGCAUCUAAUUCAGCUUCUCAAUCGCAAGGAUUCUCGGUAGGAGCAGGAGGUAUAUCCGGUUCAGCAGCUCUUUCCGGAAGUCAAACAUACAGAGUUCCCUAUCAUAAGGAUAUAACGUUGUCAUAUUCGACGGGAUUUUCGACCGCUGCGAGAGAAGAUGGAAAUCAUACGUUUGCGAAUGGGAAUUCUUUUACGGUAAAUUGAUUGAAACUGUGGUAGUUACACGGAUUGCUGUAGGCUGUGGCAUCUGUAUGAUAUUAGAAAUAUAAA